AUGUCGUCCUCAUACGGUAUGGCCUCGUCCUCCUCGUCCUCUUCGUCGGGCUUCUCUUCCUCGUCGAUGAGGAGACAUCCGGCCUCGCUCAUCCCCAAGGUCGUCCAUGACCCGGCUCUCUUGGACCUCGUCAAGUGCCCCGUGACUCGCGAGAUGGUCGUCUACCUCGCACAGCAGGCUGCUCACGUCAUCCAGUGCGGGCCUCCUCAACCAUUGGCCACCCCUCCGACAACACCCACCCGAUCAGUAGCAGACGCAGAGCAGGACCCGGCUGGCAAAGUCGAGGUCAAUGGCCUGCCCAGCCUCGAGACCUUCAUCGCCAUCCUCGUCGAGAAGAGCAACGUCCAAGUGCCCACUCUCCUCUGCACCCUCGUCUACCUCGAGCGACUCAAGCACCGGCUCCCUCGCGUAGCCAAGGGCAUGCACUGCACUCGUCAUCGCGUCAUCCUCGCCACGCUCAUCGUCGCAGCAAAGUACCUCAACGACUCGUCGCCAAAGAACAAGCACUGGACACGGUACGGCGCCCUCUUCGCUCAGGCCGAGGUCAACUUGAUGGAGAAGCAGCUCCUCUACCUCCUCGACUACGACCUCCGCAUCGACGAGGAGGAGCUCGUCUUCCACUUCUCGCCCUUCUUCCGUAUCGCAGAGGACCGAGCACAGCACGGCCGACGCGAGAUGCACCUCCGAGGCUGUGACGCCGGUCGAGAGCGUGAACGCUACGUCCGCGCAUCAGAGCGACGCGUCUACCUUCGCUCUUUGCCCGGCGACCAAGUCCCUUGCUGGAACCAACAGGCCUCGCAGUACGCACCAGCAUCCUCCGGCGCGUCACCGACGCGUUCCUCGACAUCAGUCUCGGCGCCACCGUCACCAGAGUCGCCGCAGCGUCACAUGGCCAAGUACUCGCACCGUGGCCACAGCGACUCGGUCAGCUCCGUGGCAUCUACGAGCAGCAGUGUCGGCUCUAUGCCAGCACCCUCUCGCAGCGUCGUGAUGGUCCGCCAGCAGUCCAGCGCAAGCACCUCGGCCUCGUCCUCCGUCUCUACAUCGGACAUGGGAGACUACACCGACGACAACGGUGGCGGCUCCUCCUCUGCCAGCUCGACGGACUACGACUCCGAGGACUACGUCGAGGAGAUGGACGAUGACGAGCCGCACGAGUAUUACCAGCAGCAUCAGCAGGUCGACGUGGCGCCUAUUCCCGUUCACCCGGCCGCAGCUGCUCAGGCGGCUGGCAUGGGCAAGCACACAACCACACACGGUGGCAUGCAGCGCUACCUCUCCUCGCAGGGUCUCGCACGCAAAGAGCAACACCUCGCCUCUACCAUCGACGCACCACAGCCGGCAGCAAUGAGGUCGAGGAGCAGCAGCAAUCUGCUCUCUCGCAUGCUCGGUGGCAGCCAUUAA